AUGGGAAUUCUGAAACUCAUCUUCUCUGUAUUCCUGCAGUUUCUGGUUAUAAAUGCAAGAAAUCAGUGCCAAACUCACUUCUGUGGCAGCAAUUCCUUUGGAGUGAGAUUUCCUUUCCAAUUACAAGGCAAAAGACUCCAAAACUGUAGCUAUCCCGGUUUUGUCCUGGAUUGCAGUUACCGGAGAAACAAAGCUGUACUCAACAUUCCUUAUUCCGGAGAUUUUCUUGUCCGGGAUAUAGACUACCUCAAGCAAGAAAUCCAGCUCUAUGAUGCAAAUGAUUGCCUCCCGAGGCGGCUUAUGGACUUGAACCUUUCGUCGUCCCCUUUUAUGGCAGAUUAUUAUCGGAACUAUACUUUCCUUAGCUGUCCUUCAGAUUAUACAAGAUCCCAGAUCACUACCAUUAACUGCCUUAGCAAUUCUACAAUAUCUGUGUUGGCAACUUCUUCAAUGAAUCUUGCCAAGGCUAUGAACAUGUGCAGUAUAAUUGUUACUUUGCCAAUCCCAGUUUCAUUGGCAUUUCAGAACCAGGGAUUUUCAUCUGACCUCAAUGGUGAUCUUAAAUUAACAUGGAAUGUUCCUGAUUGUAUAGAUUGUGAAGUAAAACGUGGUAUUUGUGGAUUUGAGAACAGCAGCAGCAGGAAGAAGGAAAUUCAAUGUUUUUGGGAUCCUGGAACAGUUAACUCCCGGAGUCUGCAAAUUUUCAAAAUCAUUGCCUUGUCCAUCGUUAUACCAGCCAUCACAUGUUCAUUUCUUAUAUCAUGCUUCAUGUGUCUGAUGAACCGUCGACGUCGGGCCGAUGCUGCAGCUCGAAAUGCAGCCAUAGCUAUAGCUACAGCCACAGUAACACCACAAUCUGCUGCAGUGGUAGCAGGCCUUGAUGACUCUACCAUUGAAUCCUACACAAAAGUAGUUAUCGGCGAAAGUCGACGCCUCCCAGGGCAUAAUGGUGUCACUUGCCCAAUAUGCCUUGUGGAUUACAAUCCCAAGGAUACACUUAGGUGCAUACCUCAGUGUGAACACUGUUUCCACUCUGAGUGCAUUGAUGAAUGGUUGAGGAUGAACGGUACGUGUCCAGUUUGCAGAAGUUCGCCUUCCCCUGCUCAUCCUACUACUUAA